CUUGAGUAAAAAAAAAAAAGAAAAGAAAAAAAAAUGAAAUCUCUAUCUGCUUAGAGCAAGCCCAAUACUUCGUAAUUGGCAUGAAACAAUUUCCUCCCAUUGGAGAGGUUGAAAGUAAAAAGUCCGUGUAUUCUACUAUUACAAGUAAAAUGUAGGCAAUUAUUUUUUAUAGACAGUAAAAGAAGAAAAAAAGAAAGAAGGGGGAUGUUGUAAUGGUGGACUAUAUAAUACACAAUCUGGUAACUUUCAUUGCAUGGAAAAAAAAAAAAACUUUUUAAUGGAUGGCCAUAAAAUCUGAUGUGAAAUGCAUGAGACCAUUUUUUACUCCAUUUGAAUUGAGUUUGCUCUUAAAACUCUAGAAUCCAACCUAAGAGAGCAAUAAAAAUAACAAUAUAAUUAAUCUCACCACAACCCAAUUUCCAUAUGGCAUUCGGCUAUUGGCCAACCAAAGCAAGCAUGUCAGCCGGAUUCCACUUCCCGAUGCCUAACCAAAAUAUUUCUUCAGACAAACAAACAAAAUAGAAAAAGAACAAAAAUUGAAUAAAUUAAUCUCAAGUUCAGAAAGUGCAGCUCACACUCUCACUGUAUAUAAACCAAUUCAGCCAAUAGUUUUUCUUCCCCUUUCUAUCUCUCUCUCUCCGUCUCUGUAUCGUUGAAAUCAUUCCUCCCGGAGCUCCAUCGCUUCUUUUCCUUCAGCCGGACCAAUAAUUAGGUCUCUAAAGCAUAAUCAUGGCCGGAUAUCGUUGGGUUAGGCCUGAGGUGUAUCCGUUAUUUGCGGCUGUUGGAGUUGCAGUCGGAAUCUGCGGAUUUCAGUUGGUCCGAAACAUUUGCAUCAACCCGGAAGUUAGGUAAUAUUCGUAAUCUUCCCAUCCUUCCUUAUUUUUCCCUGAAAUUAUUUAGUUUUCCUUGGGUUUUAAUGUUGUUUGAGUGUAACGUUUAUAUUGGAUCCAACGAGAAUGACCGUAUUCUCGGAUUUGUCAGUCGUCUGGAAAGAAUUAUUCUUUAGUAUUGACUGUGUAGAGUUGCAAAUCACUAGAUUAAAAGGGCCGAUUCAUUUUCUUACAAGACUUGAUGUUUUGUUCUUUCUUUUAAAGUUUUUUCCUCGUAGCUUUUAAAACUGGAUAAAUUUACUGCGUAAAGUGCACGGAUCCAAGGAAUAUUGAUAGAUUUUUUUCAAUUGAUUUUGUUUUGGAGGAGAAAUUAGGAUGGAAAUUUUACAUUGUUUUGACUGAAAGUUUAGAGUGUCUGUUUAGAAUGAUAACCAACCAAAUGGUUAUUAUGGAUUGGUAACUUCUUGGAAUUUUUCCAAUGCAUUUGUUGAAUUCUGGAUAAAACUAUGAAAUACAAUAAGCCCACUUCUUAUGUCCAAUGGGUGAGGUUAUCAAUUUCCUAUAGGAACUGAUGACAAAGGUUUCAUUAAAUUUUUGUUUGUCUCCCUCAAAACAAGGUAAACUUUCUCUAAAUAAAAAAUUCCAAGCAACUUUUCGUCUUUCAUUGAAUUCAAUUUUUCCCUUUCAAAUCCUUUCCAUACUGCUUCCAGAAGAACACCUUAUAGCAGUAUUUUCUCCAUGACAUAGUCUCUUCUUGGAAAAAGUUUUAUCUCAGCAAUGAAAACAAAGCUUAAUUUUCAUGCAAAAGUUUCCUAAUAAGAUUAAAAUGAUACCAUUCUCCCAUUCUAUAGGUUUGGUUUUUCUAAUGCAUAAAGAAAUAUGGUAAUUAAGUUCUGGCUUGGUAAUGAUAUGGGAGAGUUUGGAUCUGUCUCUACUUUAUCUCAUGUUUCACUUGGGAAAGGAAAAACUCUCCUGUCUCUACUUUAUCUCAUGUUUCACUUGGGAAAGGAAAAUUAGAUUGAACUUCGAUAAAAUUUAUGAAAUGUAAAAGAAAUUCAAUGCUAAAGACACUACUCCCAGGUCGUAGAACUUGUAAGAAACCAAAAUUGUGUCCCUUUAUUCAUCUUCAGUUUUUGUUUUGUUCAUUCCUGGAAUUUAGGGUCAGUGACAUUGGUACUCCGUUUCUUGUUAUCGUUGACUACAGUACUUAUAUUGACAAACACUUUUUACAUUUUAGUAAUGAGUGAGACUCUUCAGUUAUGUGGUUUUGAACCUUUUUACUCUUUGUUCAUUUUGAUUAAUGGUUAGUAUCUAUAAUUGUAUGAUCUCUUUCAGAUUCUUUGCCAUAAACUUUAUCCUUGAUGUGUGCCUACAUAUAUUGGCGUUAGUCAGUGUGGAUUUAUCCAUGGCAAGUAAAAUUAAGUUAGAAAAAUCUUUAUUCUUUCGCCUUUUGUCCAGGGUUACCAAGCAAAAUAGAGCUGCUGGAGUGCUGGAGAAUUUUACCGAGGGAGAAAAAUAUGCUGAGCAUGGCCUGAGAAAAUUUGUCCGAAACAAGAAACCUGAGAUCAUGCCAUCCAUCAACAGUUUCUUCGCCGAUCCACAAAACAAUUAGGUUCACCUAUUGAAACUUUCGAUAGUUAUGGGAUCGGAUCCAAUUCAUUGUCAAACUAAUGUUUGAACAUGUUACUACUGCCUUUGUGUGUCUCUUGCAGCACACAUUCGUGUUGUUAUUUUUCUGUUUAAAACAAUUACAUAAUGUUCUACUACAACAAACAUAUCGGAAACAACUAUUGUCUAUAUUUUAAGUCUCUCUUGUUCACUUCCAUAUGUAUUUGCUUGUCAUUUGAGUAGAGCUAAUGUCAACAGAGCGACGAAAAGGAUUCACUCUGAAUGAAAAAACAGAUUCAGAUUUUAUACGC